AUGGAAAUCUGUAUCCUGAAGCUACAACGUCUCUUUUUUAGAUCAACUUGCAAAUGUAUUUCUUCUCUUCUAGCUGUCGCUGAUGCAAUUAGAACAAGUCUUGGACCAAAGGGAAUGGAUAAAAUGAUUCAGGAUGCUAAAGGAGAUGUGACAAUCACUAAUGAUGGUGCUACUAUUCUGAAACAAAUGCAGGUUUUGCACCCUGCAGCCAAGAUGUUGGUAGAGCUGUCAAAAGCACAAGAUAUUGAAGCUGGUGAUGGCACUACAUCUGUUGUUGUCAUUGCUGGAGCUCUUUUGGAUGCCUGUUCCAGACUUCUUCAGAAAGGAAUUCACCCCACCAUCAUUUCAGAGUCAUUCCAGAAAGCUUUGGAAAAAGGUAUUGAAGUAUUGACCAACAUGGCACAACCAGUUGAAUUGAGUGACAGAGAAACCUUAUUAAACAGUGCAACUACUUCACUGAAUUCAAAGGUUGUGUGCCAGUAUUCCAGUUUACUUUCUCCAAUGAGUGUGGACGCAGUGAUGAAGGUGAUUGAUCCAUCUACGGCUAGUAGUGUGGACCUGAGAGAUAUUAAAAUUGUUAAGAAGCUGGGAGGAACAAUUGAUGACUGUGAACUGGUUGAAGGAUUAGUCCUGACUCAGAAGGUGGCAAAUACUGGUGUAACUAGAGUGGAAAAAGCCAAAAUUGGCCUAAUUCAGUUUUGCUUGUCUGCUCCAAAGACAGAUAUGGACAACCAAAUUGUUGUUUCUGAUUAUGCUCAAAUGGACAGAGUGUUGCGUGAAGAGAGAGCCUAUAUUCUAAACUUAGUUAAGCAAAUUAAGAAGGCUGGAUGCAAUGUGCUGCUGAUUCAGAAGUCUAUUCUACGGGAUGCUCUUAGUGACCUAGCUCUACAUUUUCUGAACAAAAUGAAGAUCAUGGUGGUUAAAGACAUUGAAAGAGAAGACAUUGAAUUUAUAUGUAAGACAAUUGGAACUAAGCCUGUUGCUCAUAUAGACCAGUUUACUCCUGAUAUGCUGGGGUCUGCUGAGCUGGCAGAAGAGGUUAACUUGAACAGUUCUGGGAAGCUAAUAAAGAUUACAGGCUGUACAAACCCUGGAAAAACUGUAACGAUUGUGGUACGUGGAUCCAACAAACUUGUUCUAGAAGAAGCUGAGCGUUCAAUUCAUGAUGCCCUGUGUGUCAUAAGAUGCUUAGUUAAGAAAAGAGCUUUAAUUGCAGGAGGUGGAGCACCGGAGAUAGAGUUAGCACUGCGCUUGAAUGAGUAUGCUCGCACUUUGAGCGGUAUGGACUCGUACUGUGUCCGUGCGUAUGGGGACGCACUGGAAGUCAUACCAUCUACACUGGCUGAAAAUGCAGGCCUCAAUCCUAUUUCAACGGUUACAGAGCUGAGAAACAGACAUGCUCAAGGAGAGAAGACAGCUGGCAUUAAUGUCAGAAAGGGUGGGAUCUCCAACAUCUUGGAGGAGUUGGUAGUCCAGCCACUGCUAGUGUCCGUGAGUGCACUGACUCUCGCAACAGAAACUGUGCGCAGUAUUCUUAAGAUUGACGAUGUGGUGAACACUCGGUAAGACAAAUAAAGGAAAUGGGACUUUGCCCUGGAGUACCUUCCCUGUAGUUUGGAAUAUGGUUUCCUCACCCAAAACGCCUAUGUGAAUCGUCUUAAAGUCCGCAAACACUUACGUACUUUUAUCACGUUAAUUUAAUAAAAUCUUUGGUUUCAAAAAGCAAAUGCGCUUUAUCAGUCACAGUAUAGUACCAUACCUGAAUUUUUCCCUUAAAAGGGCCAGGAAUAAGAACAUAUUUUUCAGUGUUACAUUUGCUUUUCUGUGCUACGUGAUGCUCUUUAGUUCUGAAAAGUUUAACAGCAAAUAAUUAGCUUUUAUCUAGAUUCUGAAAAGGCCCUUGAAUUAACUCUUCACUACCAUAAUAACCUCGAGGUGCAUCUCUAAAAGUUACUUGUAAGGGAAGGGUGUUUCUUCCUUAAAUUUUACUAGAGAUAGACUGAAGACACCCCUUUGAAUUGUUACCACCAAAGAAUACAAAAUUCCACACUAUAGUUUUUCCCCUGCAGUAUAUGUUAGCCCCUGGUACUACCGUAUGAUAAAGAAGUCUUUCAGUGCACUCUUUUCUUUGUACUUCAUCCAUCUGAGAAAACAUUAGUCUCCAUAUCUGCAAGUGGACAAAUGGAAAUAAAAACUCAUUUUCAGA